UACAUAUUAUGCUCAAUAACAACUACUGGGCAUCAAUCAUCAAUUCUACUAGAAACGUCUAAAAUUGCCAACUGUCUGUGUUCCUCACGCCACACACACACACAGGCGCGGAGUUUUCUGAAUUUAGUCUCGUUUCGUCAGAUCGAAGUCCGCCGAAUAUGCCUUCACGCCGGCGAACUCUUUUGAAAGUCAUCAUCCUCGGUGAUAGCGGGGUUGGGAAGACGUCGUUGAUGAAUCAAUAUGUAAAUAAAAAGUUCAGCAAUCAGUACAAAGCAACUAUUGGGGCUGAUUUCUUGACAAAGGAAGUGCAGUUUGAAGAUCGGCUCUUUACAUUACAGAUUUGGGACACAGCUGGCCAAGAGAGAUUUCAAAGUCUUGGUGUUGCCUUCUACCGUGGUGCUGAUUGCUGCGUCCUUGUGUAUGAUGUAAAUUCAAUGAAGUCAUUUGAAAACUUAAACAAUUGGAGAGAAGAGUUUCUAAUUCAGGCAAGCCCAUCCGAUCCAGAAAAUUUUCCAUUUGUUGUACUGGGGAACAAAGUUGAUAUUGAUGGUGGAAAUAGUAGAGUGGUGUCUGAGAAAAAGGCUCGGGCCUGGUGCGCUUCGAAGGGUAACAUUCCCUACUUUGAGACUUCAGCCAAGGAAGGCACCAAUGUAGAAGAGGCUUUCCAAUGCAUUGCUAAGAAUGCCCUGAAGAGUGGGGAGGAAGAAGAAAUAUACUUGCCCGACACCAUUGAUGUUGGUGCUAGCACUCAGCCGAGGACAGGUGGAUGCGAGUGUUAACCAGUUCGUCAUUUUUGAGCUGAUAAUAGAUCUUGCAGCUGCGAAGAUUUGGAUUCCUUUUAACCCUCGUUUUAUUGUUUGCUUCACUUGGUGUGUUUUUCUCGGUAAAUUAUCAAGUUGUACCUGUAUAUUAACUUUACAAGGGGGAGCUGGUUGGUUCCUUGAAUGCUCGAACUCCGUUGGUGCUAUUUAUGUUAUUACUUUGGUGAACCUUUAAGAUUUGAUGGAUGGAUGUACGCAUCUCUGAUGCAAACUUUUGCUUGCUAAUAAUUUUAGAGGCCAUAUUCAUUUA